AUGGAUUGGUGCAGCAGUUUUCUGGCCCUGAGCAGCUGGGAAGCCAAAGGCACCGAGGAGCUCCGAGGUUCAACACGCGGACGCGAAGGGCCUGCAGAGAAGGACAACCUCUCAGAGCCCGGUGAGAAGCAACGGAACUCCCUUCAGAAGAACAUCACCAAAGCGAUUGCUUUUGACCAUGGAGCCAUGGAGACGGAGAAAGACCCCGACGAUCGGAUGGACCGCGUCUUUCGGAAGAACCUCCGCAGAACCGCCUCCAACCUCAGUUUGAUGUCCACCUUGGGAAGAGCUGUCUCUGAGCGGCUCAAGAUCAUCGUGGAAAAUCCGCGGGCAAUCCAUGCUUUUUACGACCUGGAUUCAGCAGAUCUGGGGCGAGGAAGCUACGGCGCCGUGAAGCGCGCGAGGGUGAAGUCCACCAGCGCGACACGUGCAGUAAAGGUGAUCUCGAAAGAUCAGUGUAAGGAAGGUUUUGGUGCGUUAAAAAAUGAGAUUUUCAUCUCGAAGAAGGUGGAUCACCCAAAUGUGGUGAAACUUUACGAAAUCUUCGAGGAUUCCGAAAAUCUCUAUUUGGUUCUAGAGCUUUGUGCCGCAGGGCACCUUUUUGCGUAUAUCCGUACACAGCGAGGUCCCCUAAGGGAUUAUCAGUCUGUGCUUAUCAUGCGACAAAUUUUACGAGGUGUUAGUUACCUCCAUAGUUGUCACAUCGUGCAUCGGGACUUGAAACCCCAAAACGUGCUGGUCACGAGGCCAGACAUCAGCCGCGACGCGGGCAAUUCCUUGCGCAUCAGUGAUUUCGGGCUCUCCUGUGAGUUCGAGGAGGGACAGACGUUGACUGCACAGGUGGGCACAACGGCUUACAUGGCACCUCAGGCGCGAGUCGCGGCGUAG